AUGACUUAAUUACAGAUAUAAUACUCAAACUCUGAACAAAUUCAAGCCCUCUUUGUAGUGGUUAUAGUAGCUGGAGUAGCUGGCUUAUUGUUUGGACUGCUAAAUGGUUAUCAAUUUAAGAAAUUUUGGAUUUUUCCAAAUUAUUAUAUCAAACCUUUAAUGCAAAAAGUACAAAUUCCCUCUCUAAUUGUGUAAAUUAUUGCUGGGAUGCUAGUAAGAAAUUUUGCAGGCACUAUAAUGAAACCUUACCCCUCUGCUUGGACAUAAUGGAUCAGAAGUUGCAUCUUGUCUAUUUUAUUAACAAGAGGUGGAUUAUCAGUAAGCUUUAAAGGCAAGGGACUCGUAGUUUUGCUAUUAUGUACAGUUCCUUAACUUAUGGAGGCCUCCUCGAUAGCAUUUCUGACUUUUGGCCUCUUUAAAAUGCCGAUUGAAGUAUGCUUCUGCUUGGGAUUUGCUAUGUCUACUAUGGCAGGUGCUGUUCUUGUGCCUGCAAUGUUGAGCUUCAAUGAAAGAGGUCUUGGUAAAUCUAAAGGUAUCCCAGGUACUAUGAUUGCUUCAAGUACAUUUGACAAUAUUAUUUGCAUUAUUAUGUUCGGAAUCGUACAAGCUGUAGCAAUGAGCGAAGCAUCAGAGAAGAUCACUGGCUAAAAAAGUGACAUCUCAUUGACAAUAGGAAUGCUAUUUAUUUAGAACGUUGUUGGACUAGCUGGUGGUGUCCUAGUUGGACUUACAGCUUAUUUCUUCAAGUAUUUGAAAAAUGCUAAAAAUCUUAUUUGGAUCAAAUGCGUAUACUGUACAGUUUGCUCAGUCUCUUUUGUUCUGGCCUCAGAAUUUAACAACUUUUCCAACUCAAAAUUUAUAGCUUGCUUGUCUUUUGGAUAUACAUGCUUCAGAUUUUGGGGCGAUUAGAAGCCCACUAAAGAGAUGGGUACUAUUUUCUGGUAUAUUCAGCCCUUCUUAUUUGGUACUGUUGGUGCUUCACUUCUUUUCAACUCGAUUAGAGCUUCAGAUGUUGGAAAUAGCAUAGUGAUCAUCAUUCUAGGUAGCUUAAUAAGAAUACUUGGAGUUUUCAUUGUCACUACAGGGAAGCAGUUCAACAAUAAAGAGAGACUACUGAUGGCUCUUAGUUGGGAUUCUAAAGGCACAAUCACUGCAACCUUGAGUGGGCUAAUCAUAACCGAAGCCAAAGCAAAGGGAGAGUCUUAUUAGGAAUAUUAUUAAUACGGUCUUAACAUCUAGACAACAGCUAUUUUAUCAAUACUUAUAUGCACGCCCCUAACUUCAACUCUUAUGAAUUCUCUAGGCCCAAAACUCUUAUAAUCUGAUUAGGAAAGAAAGAUUAUUCCAAAGGAAGAUGAUCACAAUGAAGAUCUUGAAAAUAAAGAUUAAAAGAAGGAUGAGUUUGAUGAUUUGAAUGUUGAUAAGAAGCAAUAGCGAGCUCAGGAAAAAACAGUAUUACAUAAGAAAAAUAAAAGUGAUGAUUUUGAAUAUCAUAAUCCUUCUGGAGGGCAUCCAGACCUCCACAAUAAUCAUGAAAUCACUGAAAACAUUGAGGAUUCACAUUUGGAUGCUAUCAAAUUUAAGAAAAUUAAGACUCAAAAAUCUGAAAAUCUUAAUCAUUGGAGACAUAAUAUUGAUUUAAUAUUGGAGGAGGGUCACAUUUGA